AUGACACGAAUGCAGAAAGAGAGCUGUACAUUUUCCAGAAAAGAAAUCAAGAAAAACGAUAGCUUUCUGGCAUUUGCCGACUCCCCCUUCUCUCCCUCUGGGGGGUUUGUGUGUAUAAGUUCCAGGAUCCGGAGGGAGCUUGACCCCUCCAUGCACUGGGCCCACUCAGAGCAUGCCCUCAGUGCAGGGAUUAUCUGCAGACAUCAAACCUUGUCAGUGGUGCCAGCCCUUGCUUUCGUCAUGGGAUGGGAGUCCUCUCCCCGAGCCCCUCGCCCCCGCUUCGCUAAAGGGGCCGGGCUUGGGGGAAGGGCGGGGCCUGGGGCGGGGCCUCGCCAGUCCGCGGCCCGUCGCCUUGACGACCGCAGCAAGAUGGCGACGCCCCCGGACGCGCAGCCGCUGCCCGACCCCUGGGUGCUUAGCCCGGCUCAGCUGGAGCAGCUGAGAAAAUUCAAGAUCCAGAUUCGGAUUGCUAACGAAAAGUAUCUAAGGACCCACAAAGAAGUAGAGUGGCUCAUAAGUGGUUUCUUCAGAGAAAUCUUUUUGAAAAGACCAGACAACAUCCUACAGUUUGCCGCAGACUACUUCACGGAUCCAAGACUUCCCAACAAGAUUCACAUGCAGCUAAUUAAAGACAAGAGAGUGGCUUAAUUAGCAAAACCAUGAUGCUCAGCUGUUGGGAGAGACCAGACAGAAGCCAGCCUCGGGGUGGGUGUUAACCUCACUUACAGAGGCUCCUUUACUCUUGUGAAAAUAAGCUCUGGUUUAUUGGUCCAGGGUGUGAAAUAAAUCAAGUGGAGAAUGUAAAGAGAA